UGAGGAAGUGUACGUCUGCGUCAUUUCUGGAGAGACGCAGGCUAGCAGGUGAGCUACGCAUGAAGGAGUGAUGGCGUCCAUGGCGAUGGAUACAACGUAAAUAAAUAACAGCACACACGGUACAGUCGGUGCAUGUUCGUGUGUCGGUAACAGUACACUGUGGAAAUAGAAGUUUAAAAAACAUAGAAGUGUGUUGUUAUGGCGACCGGGAACGGCGGCAGCGUCGGUGUCGGCGGCUUGGCGUCAAACCAUGACGGUCAGGAGGCAGCAUCUAACUCGGCUCAGUCUGGAGCCGCCGCCGCCGCAGCAGCAGCAGCAGCAGCAAUCUCCAACGUGCCAGCCUCCGGUUCUGCACCGCCCGCCUCCCCGCCUGUCCUCGGCCUUCACCGGGAGCCCAUGUACAACUGGCAGGCGACGAAGAGCUCCCUGAAGGAGCGCUUCGCCUUCCUCUUCAACAACGAGCUGCUCAGCGACGUCAGGUUCAUAGUGGGGAAGGGUAGACAGGCCCAGAGGAUACCGGCCCAUAAAUUCGUCCUGGCCGCUGGCAGUGCUGUUUUCGAUGCCAUGUUCAACGGAGGCAUGGCCACCACCUCGGCUGAAAUAGAGCUGCCCGAUGUGGAGCCGGCAGCCUUUCUCGCCCUGCUCAGGUUCCUUUAUUCUGAUGAGGUCCACAUCGGUCCAGAGACGGUGAUGACGACUCUGUAUACAGCCAAGAAGUAUGCAGUCCCUGCUUUGGAGGGUCACUGCGUGGAGUUCCUCACCAAGCACCUCAGAGCCGAUAAUGCAUUUAUGCUCCUCACUCAGGCAAGGUUAUUUGAUGAGCCUCAGCUUGCCAGUCUCUGCUUAGACACCAUAGACAAAAGCACUGCAGAUGCAAUAAACGCAGAGGGCUUUACAGAUAUUGACCUUGACACGUUAUGUGCAGUGCUGGAGAGAGACACACUCAGCAUCAGGGAGAACCGUCUGUUCGGGGCGGUGGUACGCUGGGCAGAGGCCGAGUGUUAUAGACAACAGCUUCCCCCCACUUCGGAGAACAAACAGAAGGUACUGGGGAAAGCCCUGCCGCUUAUCCGCUUUCCGCUCAUGACUGUUGAGGAGUUUGCUGCAGGGCCUGCCCAGUCUGGAAUAUUGUUCGAUCGGGAGGUGGUAAAUCUGUUUUUACACUUUACAGUAAACCCCAAACCACGGGUCGACUACAUCGACAGGCCCCGCUGCUGCCUCAGGGGGGAGGAGUGCAGCAUUAAUAGAUUCCAGCAGGUUGAGAGUCGAUGGGGGUACAGUGGUACCAGCGACAGAAUCAGAUUCAAUGUUAACAGAAGGAUAUCCAUAGUGGGUUUUGGCUUGUAUGGUUCAAUACAUGGACCCACGGACUAUCAGGUCAACAUAAAGAUCAUAGAGAGCGACAAACGCAUCACACUUGGCCAGAAUGAUACAGGUUUCAGCUGUGAUGGCACAGCAAGUACGUUCAGAGUGAUGUUCAAAGAACCUGUGGAAAUCCUACCCAGUGUCAGCUACACUGCAUGUGCCACCUUAAAGGGCUCAGACUCACAUUAUGGCACAAAAGGGUUGAAGAAGGUGACCCAGGAAUCAGCAACAGGGACCAAGACGACAUUUCUCUUUUUUAGCUCGCCUGGAAAUAACAAUGGUACAUCAGUGGAGGACGGGCAGAUACCAGAGAUCAUCUACUACACUUAGACUUAACUCUGUGUCAUGCAGGUACACUGAACCAGCGAGACCUCAGACUGCUGGGAAGACUGGAUUGCUGGAGAUACAUAUAUAGUGCCUCAUGAUCCUUUGAAAUAAAGAAUGUGUGUAUUUGAGUGUGUGUGUGUGUGUGUGUGUUUUAUGUGUGUAUCUGUCUUACAAUAAAGGUGUACAGACAUGAUCAGGAAUGUGGAAACAGUCAGAGUUGUGUGAAAAUCACAGCUCUGGUGUGACAAAAAAACAGUUUUUUUGGGCAUAAACUGUAUCAUCAGUUUUAAUUAUCUAAAUACUGACGUCCUCUUUGUGUGUUACUAUCAGUAAGCUGCCAGUGCGAGAGUUUAUCCUGCACGACGAGUGAAACUACAGAGACAGCUGCCAUUUGUUGGUUGAUGCCAUUUCAUUUUAUUUUGUCUUUCUUUGCUGAUGCAUUUAUCAAAAAUAUAAUAUUUGCAUAUUUUUUAUUGUGCACUGUUAUCAUUUACUCAGCAGGUGUCUUUAAGUACUUUGUUUUUGCACUGUAUGAAGAAUCCAUGUGUGUUCUGUAACUUUUCCAGUGGUACAAGCUGUAAAUUCUGACUUCCAUGUUUGCUUAGCACUUAAUAUGUAAAAAACAAAAAACAAAAAAUAAAUAAAUAAAUGGGAAGGAGUCCUGUCCCCCA